CAACAAUUCAAUCGUCCCAUGGUUUAUUAUUUAACGAAGAUUCGAUAAAAAAACUCAACGCUAGUCAACUGUCAAAAAUACAAACCUUCCAGAGCGCGGGUUCCGGCGAUGGAGUUUUAUGGAUUAUCGUAUCGUCUUUGUGUUAUUUAAAACCAAAAACCGCAGCAAGAAUGUCUCGAAAAGGGGCAUCGUCAACGGAACCCCUCAAGCAGAUGAGUUUAAGAAAUUUCAUCGCUAAGAAAGAAACCAGCAAAAAGUCCAGCACUCCACCGCCAGAAAAGGAAUCACAAAUAUCCUCGACUACGAAUCCGGAUACAACGAUAUCGCCCAGCAUUUUUAAACCGAAAGCACCUUCGUCGCGCGCAACAGCUUCGACCGUCGUUAACUUAUUGCUUACCGAUUCGGACGAUUCGAAUAGCUCCCCGAGAAAAGCGACUUCCGAUAGGAAUCGGCUCUCUCCGCGCAACAUCUUCAAGCAACAAACAAUCGAACUGAGCAGUAAAGCUGCCGAGGCGCUCGAUGAGUUCGAUUUGAUGGUAGAGAAUCAUCCUGAUCGCGGUGGUUCGAUUGAUCAGUCGAAAACGAUCGAGCUAAAUCUUGCCGAAGACUCCCGGUAUGUGGAGGCCACAAAGAAGCUGCAGGAAAACCUGCAAAAACUUUCCAACAGUCCGGUGAAGGUAACACCCAAGUUCCAGUACAAACAGCCGAAAGCAUCUCGCUUUUCGUUCGAUCUGAAGGGCGAGCAUGUAUUCGGAAACCAAUCGGACGAAGAUGAUAUUUUCGAGCGUAAGAAGAAGCCUGGUUCCACUUCAACACCUGUCUUGAGUGAUCCUGUAUCGACGAAUAGUGUUCCUGCAGCAGCGACAACACCACAAUCACGUAACAAUUUUUUCACUGCCAUCGCCACACCAAAGGCUCAAUCGCAUCCGGUGACUGAUGGGAAUGUUUUACCAAAACUGAACAAAUCAUCUGAGCUGAACCGAUUGCUAAGUCCUACGAAGAGCACUCACAAUAUCCAGUUCGAUGAGGGCUUGCCGACCUUCCUCGAUGAGGUAAACAGUAAUCCAGCCUUUAACUCGAAAAGCCUGCACGAGCGGGACAUACGGAAAAACGGUCGUUUUUUAGUCGAGAUGCGCCUCGGAUUGCUGGAACGGUUUUAUGAUCUGAUCGCACAAGUUCCAUCGGAAGCAUUACGGCGAGUUGACAACAGCUUCAACGUUGAUUGCUACGAACGCCUUAAAACCACAAUUGAUAGUAUUCGUGGUAAAAUUAAGGUCAAUGAGCGAGUGUUGGAGAACAUGCGACGCUUGAGCAAAUCAAAAGCCACACCAACCAACCCCAGCCAAGGCACACCAGUACAACCAGACAAGGUACCGAUCGUGUACGAUCUUUCGUUCGAUGGCGAAGCAGAUGAGGUGGAAAGUGAUUACAUUGAAAGCUCACUAGCGCCUGUGACUGACCGGACGAAGGAUUCGAUACCAUCACAUUCACCAGCAGCUUCAGCAGCAUUUCCCAGGGGGACUUCGUCCGCAAUCCGCUCCAUUAGCUCCAGUGUCCCAACGCCGAAAUCCACCGCCGGAAGUGCAUUUGUCUUCAAAAAACCUAUCGCCAGUACCCUGCUUAAUACUUCGGAGGCUGCACAACGAUCGAGUGUUUCAGUCUCGGGAACCGUCAACUUCGACGAGUAUGAAGAUGAUGAUCUGGUCAACGAAGAGGACAUUCUGAACAGUUUACACGAAGCCGAACUAAUCGAUCGUGGCAAAUCGGUGCAAACAUCGCUCGGCACGAUCGAUCUCGUCACACCGGAUACUUUAUUAAGGAAUCCGAAUGCCGCACCUUCACGAAUCACCUUCCCCGUAGAGCCGGUGCCCAAAGCCCCCCCUGGCCCGGUGAUGGCCCCACGGAACACUCAGUUCAUUGAGGAAAUUCAUUCUCAAGUUGAUGACGAUGGGUGGCAGGUGUACGAUGCGUCCUUGUUUGAUGAAUCGAUCGAGAUCGUACCUGACGACGGUCCGAGCACUCGUACCUCUGCUGCAUCGUCCAAAGCCACUGGUACCGGCAAUGAUCCAAUAUCAGUCCCCGCCACGGGCACCGAAAUCGGACGGUUUCAUGAGGGUGUGCGGAACGAUGGGAUUACGGGAGAGUUCGACGGUAUGGGCUAUCCUCACUCGAGCCGUCUGCAGAUGGUGUUCAAGGAGACAUUCGGUUUGCGUACGUUCCGGCCAAACCAGCUGCAGGUCAUCAAUGCUACACUGCUCGGUAGAGAUUGCUUCGUGCUGAUGCCGACAGGAGGAGGAAAAUCGCUCUGUUAUCAGCUGCCGGCUCUGUUGACCACCGGCGUUACGAUCGUGGUAAGUCCGUUGAAGUCGCUGAUUCUGGAUCAGGUGCAAAAGCUGAACACGCUUGACAUACCAGCGGGCAGUUUAUCGGGAGAGGCACAGAUGGCCGACGUGCAGCGUAUCUACGAUGAUCUGUAUAGUAGCUGCCCGGUGCUGAAGCUGCUGUACGUGACUCCCGAGAAGAUAAGCUCGUCGGCAAAGUUCCAGAAUUUGCUGAGUGCGUUGCACCGGCGCCGGCAGCUGGGACGCAUUGUGAUCGACGAGGCGCAUUGCGUUUCCGCUUGGGGCCACGACUUUCGACCCGAUUACAAGCGGCUGUAUAUGCUGCGCGAACAGUUCCCCGAUGUGCCGAUCAUCGCGCUCACCGCUACGGCCAAUACCCGCGUCCGGAUGGAUGUGAUAACGCAGCUCAAACUGCAACCCGAUACGCGCUGGUUUUUGAGUAGCUUCAAUCGGCCGAAUCUGAAGUACCUAGUGCUUCCCAAGAAGGGAGCAUCAACAAAAGGUGAAAUGAUCAAUUUGAUAAAGGCAAAGUUCGCUCGUGACACCGGUAUCGUCUAUUGCCUGUCAAAGAAGGAAUGCGACCAGCUGGCGACUGACUUCCGGAAGGCGGGCAUUAAGGCAAAGAGUUAUCAUGCUGGCUUGACCGAUACGGUACGUGAGGCCACGCAAAAGGAGUGGAUCGGCGACCGAAUUAAGGUGGUUUGCGCAACGAUCGCGUUCGGUAUGGGGAUCGAUAAACCAGAUGUGCGUUACGUGCUGCAUUACUGCAUGCCGAAAUCGAUCGAGGGGUACUAUCAGGAAUCAGGGCGUGCUGGACGAGACGGUGAGAUCGCGACGUGCAUCCUCUACUACAACUAUUCGGAUAUGCAGCGCUAUAGGAAGAUGAUGGACAAUGAUACGAGCAUUUCGUUCGAGGCGAAGCAAAUUCACAUGAACAAUCUGUUGCGGAUGGUGAAUUAUUGCGAAAACGUUACGGAUUGCCGGAGGACCCAGCAGUUGGAGUAUUUCGCCGAGUACUUCACGAGUGAGCAGUGCCUGUCCAAUCGGGAUACGGCUUGUGAUAAUUGUCUGAUGCAAGGUGAGUACCGUACGCUCGAUGUCACCGAUGAUUGCAUCAUGGUGGCGAAAGCGGUACGAGAAAUAUGCGGUGGUCGCAGUCGUUUUACGCUACUGCACAUGGUCGAAGUUCUAAAGGGGAGCGAAAAUAAGAAGGUGCUGGAAAAUGGCCACAAUCGUACCCCGUACCAUGGUAAGCUGAAGACUUGGGAACGCUGCGACAUCCAGCGGUUAUUGCGAAAGUUAGUUCUGGAGGAGUACCUGAAGGAGGAUCUUAUCUUCAGCAACGAUAUCCCGCAGGCAUAUCUGCGCAUUGGUGGUAAGAUCGAACAGCUAGUGUCUCGCCGCGCACGAAUUAGCUUCUCGAUCAAGCAAAAACAACUUGCCAAGAGUGGAAGGGCAGCCGUGUCGGCGACGACACCAUCCGCACCGACCUUCGAUACGCAGUUGGCGGGCAAGCUGAAGGAUCUACAGACGCGCUGUUACAACGAUCUGCUCGAAGUGUGCCGUGCGUUUGCAAUGCAGCGUGACGUCACGCUUGCUUCGAUCAUGAACAUUCAAGCACUGAAGACGAUGUCCGAGAUGCUGCCGGAAUCCGCGGCCGAAAUGAUGGCAAUGCCGCACGUUACCAAAGCCAACUACGAAAAGUAUGGCAAGCCGUUGCUCGAAAUCACCCAGAACUAUGCGGCCGAAAAACUGUGCUUGCAAAUGGACGCACAAGACGACGUUGGUGGUGGUGGAGGUGGCGGCGGUGGGGAAGGAAGUGAUAGUGACUUCAGUGGCGGCAGCGAAUAUGGUAUGAUGGAUGGAAUGGAUUGGGGCUCGCUGGCUCGGGCUGCUUCCUCGCAAGACGGUGCCGGUGGGGGUGGUCGUAGAGGGUAUAAACGACAACGGAGCUGGGGUGCUGGUGGUGCAGGUGGUUCCGAGAAACGAACGAAGCGGGUUAGACGUGGCACGGGCAGACGGAAAGCGUCCACCAAAGGCGGUGCAACUGCUAAGGCAGGAUCAGCGGCAACGAGCAGUAAGCGUACACCGUCUACAGCUGCCCGUGGCGGUAGGGGUGGUGCAACACGAGGCCGUGGCGGAAAGGGAUCCAGUUCCACAGCGGGAAGAGGCGCUGGAGGUGCUACAGGAUUUGGACUGCUACCGAUGCCCGGUGGUUACUGAGAUUAAUGUCGUAACAGUUUGUUUAGUAUUUUUGAACGUGCGGGUGCGGGACCCACAAUCCAAUAAAUGUGACCAAUGGUGGUUAGAAUUGUA